ACCUCCCGAGAAUCCCCCCAGUCAGAGCUAGGGUUUGCGCAGAGCUGCUUCCGCCGCCUCGUUCGAGCUCCCCCAUCGCGUCCCCGCCGGCGGCUUUCGCUCCAGCUUCACCGGCAGCUCCCGCAAACAUGGCGGCUCAGAUCAGCAAGAAGAGAAAGUUCGUGGCCGACGGAGUCUUCUUCGCCGAGCUCAACGAGGUCCUGACCAGGGAGCUCGCCGAGGAUGGAUACUCCGGCGUCGAGGUUAGGGUUACGCCCAUGCGCACCGAGAUCAUCAUCCGAGCUACCCGCACUCAGAACGUUCUCGGAGAGAAAGGGAGGAGGAUCAGAGAGCUGACCUCCGUUGUGCAGAAGAGGUUCAAGUUCCCGGAGAACGGCGUCGAGUUGUACGCGGAGAAGGUCAACAACAGAGGGCUCUGCGCCAUCGCGCAGGCUGAGUCGCUCCGCUACAAGCUUCUUGGCGGCCUCGCUGUCCGCAGGGCUUGUUAUGGUGUCUUGAGGUUCGUCAUGGAAAGUGGAGCAAAGGGUUGUGAGGUGAUUGUUAGCGGGAAGCUCAGGGCUCAACGUGCCAAGUCUAUGAAGUUCAAAGAUGGUUACAUGAUUUCUUCUGGUCAGCCAGUUAACGAGUAUAUUGACUCGGCUGUGAGACAUGUUCUUUUGAGACAGGGUGUGCUUGGAAUCAAGGUCAAGAUUAUGCUCGACUGGGAUCCCAAGGGCAAACAAGGGCCUACAACUCCACUGCCUGAUCUUGUGACCAUCCAUCCUCCCAAGGAGGAAGAGGAGUACAGGCCAGCUGUGAUCGCUACUGAUAUUGACCUAGCUGUCCCAGUUGUUUAAUGCUCUCCCUAUUUUCAGGGAUCAGUCACAUCUAUGAAAUUCACCAUGAAUCUCUUUAAGAGCUUGAAGAGCAGUUUUUAGAAUAUGAAGGACUUGCUAUGAUCUUUUGAUAGUUUUUGGUUUUUCUCCUGUCAGAAUCUUGUCAACAGAUAUCUUGAUUCCGCAUGAUUUUAAUUCAAAAAUUUUGAGUUCA